AUGUCUUCACGACUAGAAGCCACUUCGGCCAUUCUCGGCGAAUACAUGCUCAAAGGAUGGACGCUGACCGACCUUGUGUGCAGGCAGUGCCAGACGACUCCUCUCAUGCGCCAGCCAGCGGCCGAGGCCCAGCGCGAGGGUCGCGCGCCGAUACAGUUCUGCGCUUCGUGCGACGGCGGUCCCAGCGGGGCUUCUGCGUCCUCACCAGGCGGGGCGAGCCAGUACGAGUCUGCCGCUUCCCAAGAGCUCUCUCCACCUAGCACGCCGACCCGCACUCGCGACAUCUUUUCCCUCUCCGGGGCCUCUCCAACGCCACCGCCAGCCUCUCACGCUGCCUCUGCCGUUGGAGACCCUGACGCAGCUGCCGACGCCAUCUCCGACCUUCUCCUCAAGGGUUACGCCCUUCUCUCCUCCACCUGCCCAGAGUCGACAUGCAGAGGCAUCCCACUGGUCGGAUUCCCGCGCCGUCGGGAUGGGAGCAAUGACCCGCGCCGCGAGUGUGUGUCCUGUGGACAACGCUGGGUCGAUGAGAAGGACCUCGCUGCGUCUGGUCUCAGGGUGUCUGCGAGCGUGUCGAGCGCCGCAACCUCGCUGGUCGCGACGCCAACACCAGCGCGCGCGGGCCCUCCCUUACGGCCUGCUACGCCGAGUGAGACCGGAGACGAGGCAGAGAGCCCGCAAACGCGCGCCCGCCGUGAGCUGUACGACCAGGGUAACGCAAUCAUGCAGGCUCGCGCGGACGCGGACGCCAUGAAGAAGGCCGAGGAGGAGGCACUCAAGAUGGCAGGCCUGGAUGGCCGCGGUAUGCCGCUGGUCCUUGAGGCCGGGCCAUCGACUCUCGAGGUGAAGAGCAAGCGUAGUGAGAAGAAGAAGAAGGACAAGGGUCCCACCCCCUCGAUCCGCAGCCGGCCGUUCGCUUCAGACGACCACCGCCCUGCCUCGCCCGAUGGCAAGCUCCGCGUCGUCCUUGUCACCACUGGCUCGGUGGCCAGUAUCAAGAUGCCGCUGAUCGUCGAGGCGCUGGGUGCCGACGCGAACGUUGAGGUGCAGGUCGUCGCAACGGGCUCAAGCUUGCACUUCUACGACUCGAGUGCGAUCGAGGCAGCGCACGACGGCGUCGGUGUCUGGGCCGACGCGGACGAGUGGAGCGACUGGAAGAAGAUCGGCGACCCAAUUUUGCACAUUGAGCUGCGGCGGUGGGCUGACCUCGUUGUCGUCGUGCCUUGCAGUGCGGACAUGCUUGCGAAGAUUGCCGGCGGCAUUUGCGACAACCUCGCGCUCUCGAUGCUCCGCGCACUCGAUGGCACGCCGGUCGUACUGUGUCCCGCCAUGAACACAUUCAUGUACAGCCACCCGCUCACGCAGCGGCACGUCCAGUUCCUCAAGGACGUGUUGGGCUACCACAUUCUCGGGCCGCAGGGCGCUGACUCUGGGCGCAAGCUGGCCUGUGGCGACGUGGGCGCGGGUAAGAUGACUGAGUGGACCGACAUCGUUUCCAUCAUCCGCGGGUAUGCCGCGCUCGCGCGCACGCGCACACGCUCGAAGAAGGCUAUGAACGCGACGCUGCGCACGCUCCUCGUCGAGACCGAGAUGGAUGGGGAGGACGAGAUCGCGAACGGGAACGGCGAUGUCGUUGUCACGAAGGAGGCCCUCGCCCCGGCUGUGACCGUAGGCCAGACGAAACAGUUGUCCGGCGGUAUCGCUUCCGGACUGCAGCGGCCUGCGCACGCUCUGCACGCACUCUCUGCUCUCGUCCUUUCGGUCCUAAACGGCACAUUUCUGAUGCCUGUCCUGCACGUCGCCGCCUUAUUCCUCUCGGCCCUCUUCGCCACUCUCGCCGCUCCUCUCUCGCUCUUUCGAUUUCUUCUCACGCCGCUGCUGAUCCUUCUGCACGUCGUCUUCACCCUCUCCUCGAUCACGCUACGUGUGUUCCAGACGCGCUCUGACAGCCCGCGCGAGCUGACAAAGCGGCCGCCCUCGCACGUCGCACUCAUCCUCGUCGAUGGCGGGGACCCGCAGCUCAUGGCGGUGCGUUUCGUCGAGAGCGUGCGUCGAGCCAUUCUGUGGGCCGCCGAAUGGGGUGUCCACGACGUCAGUGUGUGGGACACGGCUGGUCUCGGUGUUCGCUUCCACUCGGCCGUGACGCACAGUCUCCUCAACCUCCCGCCCUCUCCACCCUCGAGUUCGGCGUCACCGCGUACCAGCUCCGACGCCGGCGUCAGCGGACACGUUGGAGACGACACCGUCGCCUCGAGCGUGUACGUCAACAGCCCCACUGGUCCGCGCCGCGUCGAGGUACAUUUCCUCGCUCCCUCCGCGACGGACACGGUCACCCGCGUAACACGCCGCCUCGCCGCCGACGGCGUGCACGAUAUCGACCAGGCCACGCUCGACGCGGCGAUUAAGGCUGACCUCCGCCUUCCCUCAGACCCCGAACUCGCGAUCAUCCACGACCUGUCGCCGCCUGGCUUCCUGCGUGGCCUCCUGCCGCGUCCUGCGCCCGAGCUCCACGGCUUCCCCGCUUGGCUUCUGCGCAUUACGGAGAUCUACGCGCACCCUCCCCGCCUCCCGCUCCAGGUGCCGUUCGUCGGCAAGCUGCUGCACAACUCACCGCUUCCCAUCCUGCGCAAGUUUGGCGCUUCCUUUCCUUCCAGCUUAGACGAGGGCGUGCUCGACUCGGACGAGUGGGAGGGUGCGCAAGCGGCGUGGGAGGGCGUCGAUCAACGCCGCGGCAAGUAG